AUGUAUCUUCAAUUACAAGUCUUUACUUUUAUUUUGAUAUUACUAACAAAUAUUCGAUCAACGACGGGGGAAAGUUGGAACUAUAAUAAUUUAGGACCCGAUGUGUGGGGAGAUAUUGAUUCCUUAUGUAAUGGUCGUUCUCAAUCACCGAUUAAUAUACAAACUGCAUGUACCAAUUAUCAAUCAUUUGCACCCUUUUCUUUUCAAUCCGAUUAUAAUUUAACACAUAAUUUUACCCUUCUUAAUAAUGGGCAUUCAAUUGUUGGUACAUAUAUCGGUAACAAUCCAAUGUCACUCAGAUUGAAUGGUGGUGGUCUAAAUGGAACAUACGAAUUUCUUCAGUUUCAUCUUCAUUGGGGUGAAAACUAUAAAUCGGGUAGUGAACAUCAAGUAAAUGGUAUGAAGUAUGCCGGUGAAAUACAUUUUGUUCAUAGAAAUAUUGAAACAUUAAAAUUAGCUGUUUUGGGUUUUUUCAUGGAAAGUAUUUCGAACACAUCUACAAGCAAUAUUAUACAUAAAACAACAGCGACAGAUAUCUACAAAACCAAUAAUUCAACAUCAGAAGAAUGGCAAAAAUACUUUGCAGUAUCUGAAUAUUUACGAGUGAUGAAUAAUGCUACUACAGUGAAUUUAAAUUUAGCAUCAUUGAUGGGAAGUAAUCUGAAUAAUUUUUGGCGUUAUGAUGGAUCAUUAACUACACCUCCUUGUACAGAAGAUGUUAAAUGGACAAUGUUUAAAACACCUAUUGUAUUCAGUGAUAUAAAUAUAAAUAUUUUUCGACAUACGAUUUCUUUCGAAAAUUAUCGUGGUCCACAACCAUUAUAUAAUCGAACAGUAUAUCGAAAUUUUCUACAUGAAACAAUCUUACCAAUAACUGAUUAUUUCUGUUGUAUAGGCAACAUGAAUAAUUUGGCAAAUAAACAUUUCUUACAUGCUGCUAAUAAACUGAUAUUGUAUACAUUCAUUCUCUUUACUGUUUUUUGA